UUAGGGUUUUGUGCAGAGCUGAGGCGGGGGCCGCCGCUUGGGGUUCUCCGGCAAGGAGGGGACUUCGAGUCGGGUUGCAGGCUGAAUGACCUCGUCCUAUUUCGUAGGGAUGUGAGGGGCCUCGUGGAGGCGGGAGGGCUUUAUCCGUCUGGGGAGCUGCACAGAAGCCCCUGGGGAACGACCGUUCUCUAAGCUAGAGCGCCAAUUUUGGGAAUUGUGGUUCUGGUUUCGAAUUUGUGACCGGCCUCCUGCUCUGUGGCCUCGAGAGAGUUACCACCUUUGCGCCUCGAGUUCCACAUCUUUAAGGCCGGAACAGCAAUCACCCUUGCCUGUUUCACAGCGCUUGGCAGGGAUUUUGAAUAAUAUAAUACAAUUUGGAAAAAAGAUGGAUGAAGAACCUGAAAGAACUAAGCGGUGGGAAGGAGGCUAUGAAAGAACAUGGGAGAUACUUAAAGAAGAUGAAUCAGGAUCACUUAAAGCUACCAUAGAAGACAUUCUCUUUAAAGCAAAGAGAAAAAGAGUAUUUGAGCACCAUGGACAAGUUCGACUUGGAAUGAUGCGCCAUCUUUAUGUGGUAGUAGAUGGAUCAAGAACAAUGGAAGACCAAGAUUUAAAGCCAAACAGACUGACAUGUACUUUAAAGUUGUUGGAAUACUUUGUAGAGGAAUAUUUUGAUCAAAAUCCUAUCAGUCAGAUUGGAAUAAUUGUAACAAAGAGUAAAAGAGCUGAAAAGAUGACAGAACUCUCAGGAAACCCAAGGAAACAUGUAACAUCUUUGAAGAAAGCUGUAGAUAUGACCUGCAAUGGAGAACCAUCUCUUUAUAACUCCUUAAGUAUGGCUAUGCAAACUCUAAAACACAUGCCUGGACAUACAAGUAGAGAAGUUCUAAUCAUCUUUAGUAGCCUCACAACUUGUGAUCCAUCUAAUAUCUAUGAUUUAAUCAAGACUUUAAAGGCAGCUAAAAUUAGAGUGUCUGUUAUUGGAUUGUCUGCAGAGGUUCGGGUUUGCACUGUACUGGCUCGUGAAACUGGUGGCACUUAUCAUGUUAUUUUAGAUGAAAGCCAUUAUAAAGAAUUGCUGACACAUCAUGUUAGUCCUCCACCUGCCAGUUCAAGUUCUGAGUGCUCACUUAUUCGAAUGGGAUUUCCUCAGCACACGAUUGCUUCUCUGUCUGAUCAAGAUGCAAAGCCCUCUUUCAGCAUGGCGCAUUUGGAUAGCAGUACUGAGCCAGGACUUACGUUAGGGGGCUACUUCUGCCCUCAGUGUCGUGCUAAGUACUGUGAGCUUCCUGUUGAAUGUAAAAUCUGUGGACUUACUUUGGUAUCGGCUCCGCAUUUGGCACGGUCUUACCAUCAUUUAUUUCCAUUGGAUGCUUUUCAAGAGAUUCCCCUCGAAGAAUAUAAGGGAGAAAGAUUUUGUUUUGGAUGUGAGGGGGAAUUGAAAGACCAACAUGUCUAUGUUUGUAGUGUGUGUCAAAAUGUUUUCUGUGUGGACUGUGAUGUUUUUGUUCAUGACUCUCUCCACUGUUGUCCUGGCUGUAUUCAUAAGAUUCCAACUUCUUCAGGAGGCAAGAGAAAAGGCACUAGGGUCACACAGAUUGGUGUUUAAAUCCUAACUGCAUAAUAUAAUUGCCCCACUGUUUACCCUUACUACUUGGAGUCAAACAACAGGAACCUGGAGAAGGCCUUGGACAGCAGAUUUCCUCCCCAGAAAAGCCUCAGGAU